AUGCAGAAGGAGUUGGGAAGUCAACUUUCCAAGGACGCAGUGAUAUUCGGUCCAGAGGAUCCUCUAUUCGGGGAUGCUACAUCUCGUUGGAAUACGUUGUUCGAGCCAACGUUUGAGAUGGUAGUGCUUGUCGGAGACGAGAGCGACGUUCAGAAGACAGUUCUGUUCUGCAAUGAAAGAGACAUCCCCUUCCUCGCCGCCAGCCACAACCACGGAUUCACGCAAAGCUUAGGAUCAUUCCGCGGUGUCCAAAUCAAUCUCAGCCAACUCGACAACAUUGCCAUCCAGGCUGACAGCAAAUCCGCAUGGCUUUCCGCUGGGGUCAAUGCUGGUCGGGUAACCCGACAUCUCUGGGAGAACGGCUACGUCACAACUACAGGAUCAUGCGACUGCGUGGGCCUCGUAGGGGUUGGCCUUGGUGGGGGCCAUGGCCGUCAUGAAGGCCUGUAUGGUAUGAUUAGCGACAACAUGCUCCAGUUCAAUGUGGUCCUUGCCGAUGGGCAGGCGAUCCGGGUCAACGGCACCAAUCACCCAGAGCUAUUCUGGGCAAUGAGAGGCGCUGGACAUAACUUCGGGAUCGUGACCAGCUUCGAGCUCCGGGUGUGGCCACGAGGGCCGGACACCUGGCAUUACCAUAAUUAUGUAUGGCACGGGAAUGACCUGGAGGCGGUCUUCACAGCACUGAACGAGCUUCACCAGAAUGGGUCAACUCCCGUAAACAUGGCACUGAAUUAUGGGACCUUUGUCGUCCGCCCUGAUAUCGACAACCGCCAGCCUGUCAUUGUAUGGACGUUUGCAUAUCGAGGCACAUCAGAGGCGGCCUCACCGUAUCUGGCGCCGUUCAAUGCGAUCACACCACUGCUGCAGAGUUCUGGCGAUGUGCCGUAUCCAGAGAUAUCCAAAGCACAAAGUACGGACGAGAGUUCGGCGAUCUGCCAGCACGGCAAGAAUCGUAUGACCAUGACCAUAGGUCUGCAGACUUACAAUACGACCAGCGAGCGCCGCAUCUUUGACGACUUCGCCCGCAUGAUGGUCAGUCAGCCCGAGCUUGCCGCCGGUGCUGCUAUAAUUCAUGAGGGCUACUCCACGAAGGCUGCGCAGGAGCGGGACCCGGAUAGCUCGGCGUAUCCCUUUCGUCAAGACCACCACCUCAUGGCAAUGCAGAUCAUCCUUUCGUCCCGAAGUGACUCUGUUGUAGCUACCAGUCGGAUUUGGACGGACAGAGUCAGACAGCUGUGGUUGGACGGCCAGCCGCAUCGUCCUGCGACGGCUUACGUGAACUACGCCAAUGGCUUUGAAACAUUGGAGCAGAUGUAUGGCUCUGAGCGAUGGCGACGAGAGAGGCUCAAUCGGCUCAAGCGCCAAUAUGACCCCCACAAUCGCUUUCGCUACUACAAUCCUAUUAUUCGAACGAACUAG